UACGAAGCCGACUCAUCCUUUUACCCGGCCUGGCGGAAACUCUUCCGUGUCCCUAACGCAGAGGACGGCGCGCAUAGCUUGGCGAGAGACAUGAUGUUCGCAACGACUGCAGGUAGCUUUCUCCUGGUCGCAGUGAUUGUGUCAGGACAGGAAACUACUGAGCCAGAGUUAGCUCCCCUCGAUGGUUGGUACAACAACUUGCUCCACCCAGAUUGGGGUGCCGUGGAUACCAUUUUGUUGCGUAAGAGUCCCACUUCUUAUGCCGAUGGAGUUUACCACAUGGCCGGUCAAAAUAGACCCAACCCUUUUGAAAUUAGUAAGAUCGCCCACAGAGGCAUCAUGGGAUUGGGAUCGGAGAGGGGCCGGACUGCCUUUAUGACUUAUUAUGGGCAACAAGUUGUGGAGGAAAUCAUGGAUGUCCAAAGACCAGGUUGUCCAAGGGAGUAUGAGAACAUUGUAGUUCCUGAUAAUGAUCCGUUGUACACGCCUGGAAUACAGAUGCCAUUUACACGUUCACGGUUUGAUGCUAGAACUGGACAGUCACCAAGCAAUCCACGACAACAGCUGAAUGAGAUUACUCCGUACCUUGAUGGCCAGUUGAUGUAUGGUCCAGCUCGGGCGUGGACAGAUGCUAUUAGAGAAUUUAAGGGUGGUCGAUUGAAGGCCUUGGAUGGCAAAUACACACCAAUACAAGAGAGCUUCCCGGAUAUCAAUAACAUUCGACUGCCUUUUGCUAAUCCUCCUAAUCCCAGGGCGCAGACCACCGAAGAACGACUACAGCCUGUUGCAAGAUUCUGGCGGCUGGGCAAUCCCAGAGGCUUUGAAAAUCCUUUCCUUCUGUGUUUUGGUGUGAUGUGGUUUCGUCUCCACAAUUUCUGGGCGGAUAUGAUCAGCCGAGAACACCCUGAUUAUUCCGACGAGGCUUUGUUUACCGAGGCCAGGAAGUAUGUAGUGGCCAUACAUCAGAAAAUCACGGUGUAUGACUGGCUGCCAAGAUGGCUGGAGAUUCUAGAAGAUGGGUCAAUCUAUAAUAUCACUGAUUCUACAUCCACACCAGAGAGGCCGACGUGUCCUUAUAAAGGCUAUAACCCAAACAUCCAUCCUGGUAUCACACACGAGUUUCAAACUUCGGCCAUGAGAUACGGACACACACUUGUCACACCAGGUUUGUGGCGUAGGGGCACACCUCAAGGAUCUGGAGACGAUCUGAGGGGAAACAGCGCCCUUCAAAACUGUAACUGGACACGUACGUCCCUCAAAGUUCCUGGUCAGGUUGGGGAUCAAGUUCAUGCCUUCCGUCUGUGUAAUGGUUACUGGAACUCACAGGAGGCUGUUACGGAGGAUAUAGAUGCGUUGUUCCGUGGAAUGGCUUCCACCCUUGGUGAGCGAGAAGAUCAUAUCAUGGUGGCUGAUCUUGCAGGUGAUGUAUUUGGGCCACUAGAGUUUUCUCGGCGGGACCUUGCUGCAUUAAACAUCCAGAGAGGUCGCGAUCAUGGCCUACCAGACUAUCAGGCUGUGAGAGAGGCCUUCGACCUACCAAGACUAAACAGCUGGCAAGAAAUUAAUCCGACCUUCCCUGCAGAUGUUCCUGCAUCAACUGUUGAUGCCAUAGCUAACCUACGGCAGAUGUACAUUGAUAAAGGACUGAAUGGCACUUUUCCUGAUGAUAUAGACCUGUUCACUGGGGGUCUCAUGGAGACCACUUUUGAUGGGCCAGGGCCUCUUUUCCGUGCCAUUUUGGUGGAGCAGUUCUGUCGUAUUAGAGAUGGGGAUCGCUUCUGGUAUGAAAACUUGGACAAUGGAUUGUUUUCCCAGGCUGAUAUUGACAUGAUCAACGGCAUUACAAUAUUUGACAUCAUUAAGAACGUCACAAACGUAGAUGAGACCCAGAUACAGACUGAUCCCUUCAUACAUGCAACUAACGAUAUCUGCCCUCAGCCUCAGCAGCUAAACAUCGACACUACUAUCAACCUGAAUGGACAGACAUCACUCAUCAUAGAGAACUGCACAGGCUUUCAAACGUACGACUAUUUCUUCAACAGUGAGAUCUCAUUCGCUCUUACCUUUCUAGCCGUCGGACUCUGCAUACCAGCAACUGUUGGAAUUAUGAUUCUGCUGGCUAAACACAGAAUAAAGAAAAUGGUCUUGAGGAAAAAGAAAGUUGCCAAGAAAGUCAAAGGUGGUGAUCCUAAUAUGUUUGAUGUUUUGGAAUGGGUUGGAGCCAAAGACGGAGAGCGGAACAUAAAAAUACGCUUUGACAGCCAGCGUCGUAAGAUACAUGUCAGCGAUCGGAGAGGCAAACCUCUUCGCAUGAUUGACUUGCGGCAGCGUGGAGAUCUCCAAAUUCGACCCAUCUAUGUAUGGCUAGAGGACGAUCAUUCCCAGACAAUGUGUUCUGUACGGGCCGAGGGCGAAAUUGAUCUGGUUCUGAAGUUUGCUGACAUGGACGACCUGGCAGAAUUUGUCCAAAGGUUGGAGAAUUUCCUUAACUCAAUCGGUGUUGAAAUGAACCAGACCCACAUGAGACACGAUAUCAUUCUCAACAAUGCCCAGACCAAAGAAAAGCGUCAGAAACUCCUGGACAAGUUCUUCAGAAUUGUGUCACUCCAGGCAUUCCAAGGUACUGCUGAGGAUAUGGCGAUGGAACCAUUGGACCAGGAAACAGCCAAACAGCUGGCCGACAUCAAAUUGACCCGUACAGAAUUCGCAGAGGCAUUCGGCCUGAAACCGACCUCAAUCUUUGUCCGCAAUAUGUUUCUGUUGGUGGAUUCUGACAAGUCCGGCUUCGUAAACUUCCGAGAAUUUUUGGACUUCUUUGUAGUUCUGUCAUCACAGGAUGCGGACAGCAAAGUGCAGCUGAUUUUCAACAUGUACGACAUUGGACAGAAAGGUGUACUCUCCAAAUCAGACUUCGCUAAAAUGAUAACAUCUCUCCUGGACUUAUCAGACUCGACCUUGGACAAAAGUAAAGUCACUGACCUCAUCUCCUCAAUGUAUCGUGUUGCUAAUGUGAGAGAGGGAUCUGAUAUGACAUUUACAGACUUCAAAAAGAUCUUUGCAGAUGAGGAAUAUGCCAAAACACUAGCUAACGCUAAGCUGGAUCUAGAUGGAAUGUCUGGGGAAGCUCAAUCUCAUAAUGUAAAGAAGAAGCAUGGCACCCUUCACUCCCGGAGUCAGACACUGAUGAGGAAUUAUGGUAAAUCGUCAAAGGGAAAGGGACUGUCAAAUCGUAAGAGAGGCACUACAGUGAGGGUGACAACAAAAACACUCGCUUACCCAAAGACAAGGAUGGGCCAGCUGUGGUUCCAGUUCACAUCCUGGGUAGCCACCUACCAGCUAGUUAUAUUCUGGACCGUUCUCUACACGCUCUGCCUCGCAGGCGUCUUUGCUGAACGUGCUUUCUAUUAUUCUGUGGAGCGUGAACAUGCUGGGCUGCGUCGAAUCGCUGGCUAUGGGGUAACAAUAACUCGAGGGGCUGCCAGUGCCAUGAUGUUUACAUAUUGCCCGCUACUCAUAACUAUGAGUCGAAACUUGAUCACAUUCUUCCGUGAAACUUCUCUGCACCGAUUCUUUCCCUGGGACUCGAUGCACUUCCUUCACAAGUAUAUCGCAUUCUGGGGUCUCUUUUUCACAAUGGUCCAUGUGGUCGGUCACAGUAUCAAUCUCUACCACAUAUCUACCCAGUCUUCAGGGGAUCUCAACUGUAUAUUCCGCGAAUAUUUCAGAGCACAAGAUGUACUGGCAUCUUUUCAUUACUGGACGUUUACAACUAUCACAGGACUCACAGGAGUGAUUUUGACAUUAAUCGUCAUCGUGAUGUAUGUGUUUGCCAUGCCAUUUGCUCGUCGAUACGUCUUCAAUGCCUUCUGGACGACACAUAAAUUCUACGUGCUGCUGUACAUCUUCAACAUCAUGCACGGCUCUGGGCGUCUCGUCCAAGCACCCCUGUUCUGGUUGUACUUCCUUCCGUGUCUCGUCAUCUUCCUCAUUGAUAAAAUGAUCAGUGUUAGUCGUAACAAGAUUCAAAUAGGGGUCAUCAGCGCCGACCUCUUGCCCUCAGAUGUAACAGCUUUAGUUUUCAAGAGACCUGCAAGUUUUGAGUACAAGUCGGGUCAGUGGGUUCGGAUUGCCUGCCUUAACCUUGGGAAGAGCGAGUACCAUCCGUUUACUUUAACUUCGGCCCCACACGAAGAACAUCUCAGUCUCCACAUCCGGGCUGUUGGACCCUGGACCACCAACAUCCGUGAACUGUAUGACCCCGACCGGCUGGAAUACAAAAAGUUCAAGCUUCCUAAGCUGUUCCUGGAUGGCCCCUAUGGGGAGGGACACCAGGAUUGGUACCGAUUCCAGAUAGCUAUCCUGGUUGGUGGUGGAAUUGGAGUCACACCUUUCGCCUCCAUCUUGAAAGACAUUGUACACAAGUCAAAAAUUGAUGAUUUCAGAUUUCCCUGCAAAAAGGUCUACUUCCUAUGGGUUACUCGUACACAGAAGCAGUUCGAAUGGAUGACGGAUAUUAUCCGGGAGGUUGAAAACAACGACUUGAAAAACUUUGUGGAUGUUCACAUCUUUAUCACACAGUUCAAGGAGAAGUUCGACUUCAGGACGACCAUGUUGUACAUUUGCGAGCGCCACUUCCAAAAGGUUGCUGGGAAAAGUUUAUUCACUGGACUGAGUGCCACCACCCAUUUUGGCAGACCACAGUUUCAGGAUAUUCUCAAGUCUAUUAGCAACGAACAUCCAUCGGUUAAUCGUGUCGGAGUGUUCAGCUGUGGCCCUCCACCAAUGACCAACCAACUGGACAGGACCUGCUCUGACCUCAACAAAAUUCAGGGUACCAUAUUCAAACACCACUUUGAGAACUUUUAGACGGGAGAUACAGUACAUGUUUGGGACAGUCCCUUCUGCCAUUAAACAAAGAUUUCUGCAAAAUGUCCAGGAGAAUCCAUCUUCAGGGAUGCUCAUCUACCUGUUGGAAUGUCCAAGAGAAUCCGUCUUCAGAGAUGUAUAUCUACCUGCUUGAAAGUAUAAUGUGUCUAUGACAGUUUGACACACAAGUCUCUGUAGUUGAAAUGUAUAUAUGAUUGACAUCUAUGACAGGUUACUGUUAUCUCUCUGUAGGCAGAGAUUGGUGAGUAUGGAGGUACAGUGUAUUAUUGAUAUCCCUAAAGGGUUUUAAUGUCAUGUAUUACACUUUAUUUGGGGGAUUUCUGAAAGAAAUCUUUCCCAAAUUAUGACAUUUAAUACCUGUGUAAACAGCACUACUUUUUUUAGGAUAAAGUAUAUUUUUGUUUAUAAAAGCUGGUUAAGUGGCUUAAUGACAUUUGGGGAAAAAAUCGCUACUGUAUUUGUAUAUAUCGCAUACAUUCAAAGAUUUUUAGAGGGCUAGCUGCAGGUGUUCGUUUUUACUUUUUUUUUUUGUUUUUUUUUGUUUUUUUUUGUUUUCUUUUUUUUUCAGUUUUGAAAUCUUUUUACUAAUUAAGCAUUGAUGUCAUUUUUUUUUAGUUUCAUCGGGGUAUGAAACAAAUUUUGUUUGCAAACUUCUGUAAGAAUC